UCUUGCUCCUUCACGUGUUGGUGGGCAAGAUGGCGGAUUUGCACAUGAAGAUUAUCCGUAAGCGGUUAAAAAAGAAAAACGAGAAAAUUAAAAGCUCUAACGUACUCGCAAACCCCAAAGUGAUCCAGCAAAAGGAAGUGGAAAAUGAAAUCCCACCAGAAUCAGCGAAUACUGAAGAAAAAACUGCCAAGAUACCAAAAACUCCGAGCCUUGUGAAAGAAGAAGCUGAUCUGAAAUCUGUAUCAGAAAAGAAAAGGAAAAAGAAAAGAAAGCAUGCAAGUAACAUCCAGGAAGGUGAAGUCAAAAAGCUAAAAACUGGAGAAUUCAAUAAAAGGGGUGAACUGGAGAUGAACAAAGCUGAUAGCGUAGAGAUGGAGCAAGAUCAGAAAGAUGAGGUAAAUGAAGAGAAACCUGAAGAUGAAGGACCAACAUUACCUAUGGGCUUGACUGGAGCUUUUGAAGACAGUGCUUUUUCUUCCUUGGUUGACUUGGUUAGUGAGAAUACUUUAAAAGGCAUCGCUGAUAUGAGCUUUACUCACAUGACUCAAAUUCAACAGAAAAGCAUUCGGCCUUUGCUGGAGGGCAGGGAUAUUUUGGCUGCUGCUAAGACUGGCAGUGGGAAAACAUUGGCAUUUCUUAUUCCUGCUGUGGAGCUGAUCUACAAACUGAAGUUCAUGCCAAGAAAUGGGACGGGUGUCCUCAUUCUUUCUCCAACCCGGGAAUUAGCCAUGCAGACAUACGGUGUUCUGAAAGAACUAAUGGCACACCACGUUCAUACUUACGGAUUACUCAUGGGAGGCAGUAACAGAACUGCAGAAGCACAAAAACUGGCAAACGGAAUCAACAUCAUAAUAGCAACCCCAGGAAGACUUUUGGAUCAUAUGCAGAACACACCAGGAUUUAUGUAUAAGAACCUGCAGUGCCUGAUAAUAGAUGAAGCAGAUCGUAUCCUAGAAGUGGGAUUUGAAGAGGAAUUGAAACAGAUAAUCAGACUUUUGCCAAAACGGCGACAGACAAUGCUUUUCUCUGCUACACAAACUCGAAAGGUAGAAGAUUUGGCCAGAAUCUCUUUGAAGAAAGAGCCCUUGUACGUUGGUGUUGACGAUGACAAAGAAACUGCAACUGUAGAUGGUCUUGAACAAGGGUAUGUGGUUUGCCCAUCUGAGAAAAGAUUCCUUUUGCUCUUCACGUUUCUAAAGAAGAAUCGUAAGAAGAAGGUCAUGGUUUUCUUCUCAUCGUGCAUGUCUGUGAAGUAUCACUAUGAGCUACUGAAUUACAUUGACCUACCUGUAAUGGCAAUCCAUGGCAAACAAAAGCAGACAAAACGUACAUCCACCUUCUUCCAGUUCUGUAAUGCAAAUGAUGGAAUAUUGCUCUGCACAGAUGUUGCUGCCAGAGGCUUAGAUAUUCCUGAAGUUGACUGGAUUAUACAGUAUGACCCUCCUGAUGAUCCAAAGGAAUAUAUCCAUCGUGUUGGUAGGACGGCACGAGGGCUUAACGGCCAAGGACAUGCCUUACUUAUCCUGAGAUCAGAAGAGUUGGGUUUUCUUCGUUAUCUCAAGCAGGCCAGAGUACCUCUAAAUGAAUUUGAAUUUUCUUGGAGCAAGAUUACAAACAUACAGUCCCAGCUUGAAAAACUAAUAGAAAAAAAUUACUAUUUGCACAAAUCAGCACAGGAAGCUUACAAGUCUUACAUCCGAGCCUAUGAUUCUCAUUCUCUCAAGGACAUCUACAGUGUCAGCACCUUGGAUUUACCAAAAGUGGCUUUGUCAUUUGGAUUCACAGUACCACCAUAUGUUGACCUCAAUAUAAAUGCCAGCAAAGGAAUGAAACUGAAGAAGAGAGGUGGUGGUGGAGGAUUUGGUUAUCAAACAUCCAAAAAUGUUCGUAAAGCAAAAAUCUUCAAGCAAGUUGGCAGGAAAAGGGCAGACGUGAGACAAUUUUCUCGUUAGAAGGCCUUAUCACAGCUGCAAAAUUGAUGAGCUACAUAAAAUAUGAUUUCCCCUAGGUUAACUGCCUUGGGCUAACAGGCUUGGUAACUUUAACUAUAGCAAAUCAAGUUGACUCAUUGUUGCAAAACUUUCUUGUAAAGCUGUAUCUUUUUUACGUUGUGCUCAUUUAUAGAAAGUUAUGGUUUAAAUUAAUCUAAUUUGAAGAAAAAGUUCAUCUUUAAACAUGUGACAGCUUCAAAAAUAUUUUGAAUUUAUAAUAAAUGUAUCAUUGAUAUUUUGUAGAUAACCACAUUCCCCUUUCUAAAGUUAAUCUGCAGUUGUGCUGUUUAUCAGGACAAGAGACUUCAAUAACCUUGCGACUUACUGAACAAGUAAUGGAGUUAUAUAAAAUUAUCUAGUCUUGAGACUGAGGUAACUAUUGCAUAUUUGCUCAGACACCACAAACAAGUAAAUUGAAAGAAUUUGAUGACAUUUAGUGGGCAUGUACACUUUUAAAAAAUUUUCCCGAGAUUUUUUUCGCCAUUCUGUUGUGUCCCAGCACAUCCUAGGAUGUAUCAGGCAGUGAGUGGGAAGGGUGAGUUUUAAGCCUGAGAAAUCCAGACGUCUGGUGUUAAAGGCAGACAUGGACAAGUUCAGUUUCUCCUUGGAUGGAAAUUGUUAUCCUGCCCAUCUCUGAGAAACCAGUAAAUGGCCUGGGGGAAGGUCGUUGACUACAGCCUCAGAUGUGACUGCCACUCAGAAGACGUAGAAGUCUGGCUCACCAGUGUGGACAAGUCAGGCUACCAGGCAAGUUUGAGGUGUAGAUCUACCAGUAUGGUAUCCUCCCCUGAAACCUCUGAUCUAUGCUGGUAUAUGAGGUAGCCAUGUCAACAGCUCAGGCUAUUAAAAAAGCAGUGGCUACCUUUGAAGAUGGCUGAGUCGCCCACGGAACCUAAGCAGUCUUCCUCUGUACAGGAAGAGGAAUAAACUGCAGCUUCCCUUCAGUAGCCUGAAUGAGGUGUUUAUGGUUUCCUGUACAAGAGAAUUACUGCUAAACAGCAAUUAUAGUGUCAACAAAGUCUUGAUAGCAGGCAUUGAUGUCUGGACAGGCAGGAGGUAGAUGGCCUAGGGUGCAGUUGAGAUGGCUGAGUCACAUCUGAGGCUUAGGGAUUUGGCAGGGACAAUGGUGUCUGGUCAGGUGAGGCUGGGUGGCUUUCCUUCAACUCACUUCAGAAGGGCCCAGGGUAGGGACAGGUGGUCCAGGAAGAAGUUCGAGCAGCUGUUGAGGAAGUGUGCAGCAGAGAGCUUGAAGAAAGUUGGGAGGGUGCACUGAAGCAGAAGAUCUGGUCCAACAUCUGGCAGGCAAAAACCCAGCACCUCAAGUACACAAUCCAGGCUGUGUAUGACAUCCUUAGUCCAACGAACCUUUUGCACAAUUCUGUAGUCUCUGCCUUGGCAGAAGAACACUGGAACAUCCUCAGCAGCUGCCCAAAGGCCCUGUGGGAAGACUGCUGUCACUGGCACCGUGACCAAGCACUGAAUGCACUGGCAGAUAGUAUCUCCCUGACCAUUAACAACAGUAAGCACCUCCGUCAACUCAGAAAAUACAGCCUUUGUCCAAGCGGGAGACCAACCACAGCCUCAUCCAAGCUCACCACAGCAUCUGACUGGCAACUGAAAAUUGAUCAUGGCUAGCACUUAAAAUGCCCUAACUUAAUCACAUCAUCAUCACUGGCCUGACAUGGUCAUCCUGUCAGAAACCUUGAAACUGGUGGUUAUAGUGGAACAGACGGUGCCUUGGGAAGGCUGGAUUGAGGAUGCAUUUGAGCAUAAUAAGGCUGGUACAGCAGUUGCAAAGAUGGGUUGAGGGCAUGAUGUGAGCCAGUAGUUAGGAUGGAGAGGUUUUGCUGGCUGCUUGCUCUGCAGAACCCACUUCUUGGCAUUGCAGGGGCUGCAAAGAAAAGAGCCAUCAGAGCAGUCACAGAGGCUGCUGAGCAAGCCUCCAGAUGGCUAUGGAUCAAGGGAUGUGACACGUGGACCAAUGCUGCUGGAAUACAGGCCAGGGCCUGAUCAACCCUGGCUGUUCAGGCCAUUUGGAACAAUUAUGAUGACCUCUGUUGAUAUUGUUCAAUAUGGGAUGAGAUAACAACACAGUUGCUAUUUUACUGACAGCAGCCAUUACAAUAAUUGCAAAAAUAGAAGUUAGUUUGAUAUAUUUAUCUCAAUCCUUAUACAGCAAUAACUUGUUUUGAGAUGUCAGAUUAUAAUUUAAAUGUGAACAUUUAGAUCAUUUGUAACAAAUGAUCAACUCCAUGGUAUUUUGAUAUAUAUUAAAAAAAUGUUUGAAUUGA